AUGGGCAACUGGUGCCGCAUAGAGUGGUAUUACGGGGUAAAUCAUUGGGACCGCCCCGACAUGGAGACCAUUGCCAGUGAUUACAUGGUCGACCAUGGUGAAGGCAUGGUGGUUUCUGUGCGAGAAAAUGAUUUAGGUGACCAGGCUGAUAAUACUGAACCUGAAUUAACAAGCGAUGAUAUCGAUUGGGCUCUGAACGAUCCUGGUUUUAAUUUUGAAUUAUGGGAGUGCGAGUCUGACCCGGACACCAGUCUGUGUCGGGCGUAUUUCGAUGAGUACUAUUGUAACGCCACGUCCGGCCGGUGCGAGCCCUUCAUAUACGGCGGUUGUGGCGCUAAUAACAACCACUUUGAGACCCACGAGUUGUGUCUGGACUUGUGUGCCGAUUAUUGUCAUUCAUAA